CUCCUUUUUCGUCUAUUUUUUUUUUCUUUUCAUAAAGAAAAAUAAAGGUUUCUCUUUUUUUUUUUCAAAGAAAAAAAAAGAAGGAAGGAAGGGGAUAAAACAAGACGAUUAUGACUUGUGCGUUUUCAUUUUAUUUUGGACAAGUCGAUACAUUACCAACCUCUUUGACCUGUCAAAUUUCAGUGGAAGGCACCAAUAUUACGCUCACAGGUCAAAAAGACAAUGUGAUGGCAACAAGGACUGAAUUACUAAAUCUAUAUCCUACCAAAAUCCACUUGAAUAUAAAGAUCCCUGAUCAAGAUUGUAAUCAAUUACGUAUAGAAUGCGAUAAAAUUGCAGCAGAAACCAAUACAGCCAUCACUGUCACUGAACCCAUUGCUCAAUCUUCAUUUACCUUACAAAACACAGUGAACAUCCUUAUCACUGGUAUACCCGACCAAGCUGAGAGUGCUAGAGUCAAAGUGUUGGUCAUGUUAGAUAAACAGUCAAAGCUGAAUGUAGAUACAUUAAAUAUUCCAUACAAAUUGCAUCAAUUAAUAUGCGGACGGAAACGAACCGGACUUCAAUCCAUUUUGGAAGAAACAGCUACUUCGGUCUAUUUUCCAUCACCAUUUUUAUCGACAAAUGACAGCCCUUUCAUCUAUAUCUCUGGAGAAUCACAGCAGGUAGCACGCGUCAAAGAAAGACUGAAUCAACUUGCAAAUGAAAAGGCAAAAAUCCUUCAUCAAAAAGAAGCUGUACUACAUCCACGUAAAUUAGAUUGGAUGUUAUUACAUAAAAGAAACGAUCUAAGGAAAAUAAUGCGUGAUAAUGCCUCCUUUAUUCAUUUCCCAAAGAUGGGCACUGGCAGUAACCUGGUUACGGUUUAUGCAGAGAAUCAAGUCAAUGUUGAACGUACUUUACGUUCACUUCAUCAUUUGGCUUGUGGCGUCUACGAAGCUUGCUUCUAUUUUAAUCACCGUGACAUCUAUGGAGUUGAAAAUGCCCACACUUUUUUACCCAACAUUUCAAGCCUUGUCUCUCAGUUAUCUCAGAUAUCACAUGCUGAAGUCGCUUACUUGCCUGAUCCAAGCCGUAUCGAAGUCCAUGGAACGGAGCGAGCAAUACGUAAUGUCUAUCAGCGUCUCCAUGACAUGGCAUUCUUGAAGAUGUUUCAUCAAAGCACAGUUUUCAAUGUUGAACUUUCCAACGACCAGCGAGAAUUUAUCAGCGGCAAAAAGAGUGGCAAGAUCAACAAGAUCAUGAAGACUUCAGGAGCCAAGAUCAAGUUUGUUCCAUUCAGUGAAUACAACUUUAUUAUCGAAGUCGAAAGUAACAGUUUCACAAAGGCUCUGGACGGUUUAACAUUGCUGCAAGAGGAAUUGCCUGCAGAGAUAUCAUUUUACGUACCCGAGGUAUACCAUAAAAGGAUCAUUGGUGUGGGUGGCAAAAACAUUCAGCGCAUCAUGAAAAAGUAUGGUGUUUAUGUCAAGUUUUCAAACGCAGAAGAAUUUGCUGCCUUGGGCGGGUACUAUGACAACGAAGACAAUGUCGUCGCACGCACACCCAUGAAGAACCAAGUCAAUCUGGAUAACUUACGGCAUGCUGUCAUGGAGCUAAUCAAUCCAAAGGAUCGAGAUUGCGUCGAGCAGGUCAUGCAUGACGUACCCUUUUGGCUUCGUCGCACCUUGAUGCGUGAUCAAGCUGCUUUCUUAGCAGAAGCGGCCAAAAAGACCAACACACGCUUGAUUUGGCCUGAUGAUGAGCUGGCGAGUGAUACACUAACGAUUAUAGGUCCUGAAUCUCAGGUAGAGGUCGCUGUGCAAAUGGUGAGAUCUAUCCUGCCCGAAGAAUACAAGCUAUAUAUACCUUUCUCAUCCCAAUUGAUACCAACAUUGAAGUCUGAGUCAUUUGAAAAGGAAGUUGUUCAGCGUAUCUCAAAGGAGUGCAACAUUCAGACAGAGUGGAAAGCACAAGAGCAAGCUGAUGAAAACAUUGAAAAGGACGAAAUUAUCACCUUCAAGACAGUUAAGGGAAACAUAGAUGCCUUGUCUGUCGCCUUAAAGAUAGCCACGGAUUACUUGAAGAGUCAACAGAUUGCUUUGUAUGAAGGAAGCACGACCCUUCAUCACGCAGUCAACGGUCAUUAUCACGCUCUGCCUAAAGAAGGCAUCCAACCCAGUGUGUCAACUGCAGCAACCCCCUUUCAUGUGUUUGAUAGCAAAAUUCUUCCUCCACCCAUUAUGGCUUCAGAUCUUGUAUCGCCUACGACGUCGUCAUCUUCAUCUAUCUUGAAUGAUUUCCAGUCUGUGUUGAACAACAACAAUAGUCUCAAGAGUUAUUCUCUUUUUGAUUACCCAACCACGACGACAGCGAGUGCAUUGGAUGCCUCUUGGAGAAACUUUAGAGAUAUAAGUUCAACUCGAACAGCCGAGAACAUCCGCGCCAUCUUUGACACGCCAGCUGAGAGAGGUCCACCACCUUCACUCUUUCGCAGCGUUCCGCCGACAAGCCCACCUGGAGGAUUAGAUAUCUGGGGUACGAAUGGGCAUCAACUGAAUGGAUUCGUGGGUAGUCCACCGAUAACAGGACCCAUGGAAAGCAAGUCUCAUUCGAUGAUAUACGCGCCUCCAACUGCCAACACGAACCAUGGAGGAUUUUAUCCAGCCUUGAACAGCAGUAAAACGUCGACAAGCAAUCAUGAUUUUAAUUCAUACAUUAUGCCCACGUCUUCUACAUCCACAGGUAGUAAUAACAGCUCUAUGCAUUCAAGUCAAUCCAUGCCAGAUAUUGUACUAGAAGAAAGACAACAUACCGGUACUUUACCCUCUUUCCAAAACUAUAUCCAUACCCAAAGUCCACCUUUAAUUUAUCCAUCUUCUACUACAGCAUCUCAUCAUAAUAAGCCCAUAUCGGCCUUUUUAUCAGCAUCUGCUUCAACACCCACGACAACAACAGCGUCAAGAGGACAACAUCAUUAUCCAACUUUGUUCUCACAAAACCAUUCGUUUGCUGAUGAAACAGUUCUUGUUCAAAAUUUGCUUAAUAGCAUGUCAAUCAAUCAGCCAGCCAAGUAAUUUACCCCCCUCUAUUUCUUCUUUCCUUUUCUUCUUCUUUUUAGUUGUAUGAUUAUACUAUUCUAUAUUAUACUUUUAUUUUCCUAUUCUGUUAGAUUUUUUAUAUAUAAACGAGGGAUACACACAAUAAGUUUCCUUUCUUUUUACUAAAUAUACUUUGGUUUGACAGUCAUAAUAAAGCCAUAUGGGCAAUGAUGUUGGCUAAAUGUGUUUGUUUAUUGAAAAGAUGAGUAGAGGAUAUUUAACAAAGUUU